GUAAGUUCCAAGGUAUAGCAUAGCGUGUAUUUAGUGACUCAACACUGUUAUUAAAGUUACUAUCACUCUUUCGAAAUACAGAUUUACAACCGCUUGUAUGGGAUUAUGAGGGAGAGUUGAAUGAGAUAGACAGGCAUAGUGGACAUCGUAAGCUAUGGAAGCUGUAUUGGAGCAUAAAAAACGUUGACCUUGUUCAUGUAAAGUUCUGGAAUAAGAGGUUAGCAUUGAGAAUUAAAUACGGUGCAGGCAGAAAGCCAUAAAGAAGUUCGACCACGAACCGGUAUUCCCGGUGGCGUUGUUACCGGCCUUCAAACUCCUUCCGUUCUUCAACUCCCAACGACGACACGAAUCCCCCAUGCUCUCUCAACAUCUCUAUGAAACCAUCAUCGACUUCUGCGCCGAGUUCGAGGACCGAUCCACUCUCCUCAGCUGUAGCCUCGUAUGUCGUUCUUGGGUCCGUCGAUCACGUCACCAUUAUUUCAGGACCACCUAUAUCAACAGCGCCGAAAGGGCAAAUUCCUUCCUUCAGCUAAUAUUUGGACCCAUAACUUCCAUUAACUCGCCGGAAAUCCGUGGUUUGAUCCUUGGAAUGAACCGGGGGUGUGUACAGGAUUGGUUUUGUGAAUGGUUGCCUGAGCUGUUGAGAGUUUUGCCCGGAGUGACGGCGCUGUCCUUCUCGUUGGCCAACCACGAGAUCCAUACGGCUUUGGAAGUCCAUCCUAUGCCUUCAGGACGUGACGAGGGGGUUUUCAUGGCACCUUUCAACCUCCUUCCGGAUAGCCUCAGAAUGACCACGUUGAAACUCGCAAAAUGCCAUUUCUUCUCUUUACGACAACUCUUUUUCGUGCUCAGUCAGUUCAGACUGUUGGAGGACCUGACGCUGGAGCAGCUCAGAUUCAAAAAUACGGAACCGGAUACCUUUAUUCCCGACUUUGGAGUGUAUAGAUACAUCCAACACCUCGUUUAUCUGAAAAGACUACGCAUUGACACCCUUGCUUUGAAGUCCUCGCGGGGUGAGGUGUCCUCUUAUUUUGCUUUUGCGAUGCCUUCAGUCGAGGCGCUGUCUUUGAGGAUGCCUGGGACGAAACAUGAAUGGUUAAUCAUGCAGCAGCUCCUGCAUGGGUUGCGGGGCUCGCUAGUGGAAGUAGAGUGGCGGGAAUGUGGUGACAUGGAAGGAGAUUGGAGUAGCCUUGAUUCCUUGCAAUUGAACCUCCUCCACGUUCGCGCAAUAUAUUUCAGCGGGAUAUGGCGGCAGUCGCUCGAUAAAUUUGGACGACCGCCCAAGUCCAGCGUCCCGCUGGUCCUCUAUCGUAUAUGUGGGGCCCGUGAGUUGAAGGAUAUCCUUCUUGACGUUGUGGAUCCGGACUUCGUUGCCGCGAUGAAUGACGCUCUAUGCAGUGCCAUCGACAAGGGGCUGGCGAGAUCUACAUUUUCCAAUCUCACGGUGAUUGUUCCGCAGCUAUGGGCAUCAUGGAUAGCGGCGAGGUUUCCGCUUGCGGGGAGUAGGGGUAUAACAUUGAGGGUGGAAUAAGCGCGUCGUUCUAGUACAGGAUUCCGUUUGUUUAUUGAA